AUCUGUCUUUUUAUUUUCUCCUUGUUCCUUUUCAGGCACCUGGUUAAGGUCCGAUGAGACGGUGUCUCUGAAAACGAAGCGAGCAGACUUUGCUGCUGCCUUCCUGCGCGGCAGGAUGGUGGUCGCAGGUGGACUUGGUCAUGAGCCCACAGCUUUGGACACAGUCGAGGCUUUUAACCCUCAGAAGAAGAAAUGGGAACCUUUAGCCCCCAUGAAUUUCCCCAGAUGCUCUGCCUCUUCCAUCGUUAUCAAAGACCGCCUCCUGGUGGUGGGAGGAGUUAACCAGGUUCCCAGCUCAGCCCAUGAGAUCCUCUACGUCAGAGAAGAAGAGUGUCUGUAGCUGGGAGAGACAGGCAGCACAUCACACCUCCUCCUGCUGGGAUGCUCCUCCUCAAUCUUUACAGCACUGGGCUGCAGCAUGCAAACCAGCAGGUCACACUGCCCCCUGCUGGACGUAGCUGAACCAGUUACAGAGCACCUGAUUCUUUGACCUGAGGUCGAAGGUGAACUUAUAGAAUGAGCUGCUUUUAGGCAAACAGGAAACCAUUUGACUGCAUAAAUGUAUUUAUCUUUAAUUUUUUCCUCCUGCUUAUUCUGUGUGAUUUAGGGGCUGUAGCUAAGAUAGACUUUAUAAAACAUUUCAUCUUAGCAUGAAGAGAUAAUAGCAAUAUUUUUACAUAACUAGAUCAUUGGGGUGAAAACUAUUAUGGUUGUUAAAGCGUCUCAUUUCCUUAAAGGUUGUGUUUAAUUGGGAUUGAAUUUGGGAAACUCUACGAGGCUUUUCCUGUUUGUCCGUAUUAGUAACGCUUCGCAGGCGUGGAGAAAAGCCAUGAGGGGAAUAUGGUGCUUUGCACAUUUUCGUUCCUUUAGUUGAGAAAUUUGUGACAAACCAACAUUACUUUGUGGAUAAUUAUGAGCAGGAAGAAAAGGAUGCAUGUUUUAGUUUUAUUUUGACUUAUGUUUACAAAUCUGAAAAGUGUGGGGUGUAUAUAUAUGCCCCCCAAUAAUAAUACAGGUUUUUUUUUUCUUAUUUUAAAUGUAAAUUGUUGUGUUCCAUUAACAAAGUGUUUCACCUCCUCCUUUAAAAAUAUGCACUUAUUUUAAGAGAAAUAUACUUAAUUAGAUUUAUAUUUUUUGCAGCGUAUCCUUUAUAGUUUAUCUUCCAGUAAAUUAUUUAGUUCCAUCUAUCAGCCUAUCUUCCAUGUUUGGAGCUUUUAAUGAAGGUGAAAUCAGAGUAAAGGUGUUGACAUCUUCCUCCAUCAGCUUCUCCAUGACGUCGCAUUGCCAUGCACUGCAAAAACGAUCUAGAAAUAAGUAAAAAUGUCUUAAAUGAAGUGUAUUCACCCUUAAUUUGAGUA